CUUCCACCACUGUCAUCUGAAGUAAUAUGAAAAUAAUUCUUUCGUAUAUAAGAUCAAUGACAUAGGACAGCUUAUAUCAUUCAUCAGUUGAAACUCAUAUCAACGAAACAUGUUUUCCAAAGUGGUAGUUCUCUGCGCCCUGGUGGCUGUGUCGUCAGCUGGUCUUCUUCCAGCUGCCGUUCACUACUCUUCAGCUGCGGCCGUCUCUUCUCAGAGCAUUGUCCGUCAUGACCAGCAACAAGCCAAACUGGCAAUUGCCGCUCCUGUCGCUUACCAGGCUGCCCCAGUCUACCAUGCCGCUCCCGCUCCCGUCUACCACACUGCCCCUGCCCCAGUUGCUUACCACGCUGCCCCUGCCCCAGUUGCAUACCAUGCUGCCCCUGCCCCAGUUACCUACCACGCUGCCCCUGCCCCAGUUGCAUACCACGCUCCCGUUGCUAAAGUCCUCGCUCACGAAGAAAUCGCUCACCCCAAAUACGAGUACUCUUACUCGGUGGCUGACCCUCACACAGGUGACGACAAGCAGCAACAGGAGGUCCGUGACGGUGAUGUCGUAAAGGGCUCCUACUCUUUCCACGAAGCCGAUGGCUCCAUCAGAACCGUAGAGUACUCCGCUGACGACCACAGUGGUUUCAACGCAGUCGUGCACAACACCGCCCCUACCGCAGCCCCAACCCUAGUCAAGGCCGCACCUGUCCUCCUCAAAGCUCCCGUCUACGCUGCACCCGCUCACCAAUACUACCACUAAGUUUAGCACUUUAGUGUUAAACAUUGGUUGGAUUUACCAAUGAUUAUUUAUUAUCAAAUAUAAGAUUAAACCAAG